GCACCUUUACUGGCAUUAAAAAAACGUGUUAGCUGUCAUUACUAUUUCAUAAUAUUGGUUCGGUGUUAUUUUUGCUUUUUUUACGUUUUAAAAUUGAAGUUGUACAAAUAAAUAUAAAAAAAUUAUCGCGUGUUUGUUUUGAAAGUAAAUAUGUGUCUGCUUCUACUAAAUAAUGAUAUAUCAAAUCCUUUUGUUGUUAUCAUGAACUUUGCCUCUAAGUUAUGUGAAAAAAGAACUAUAACUAAUCUGUGACAUCACCUUUAAUAAGUAAAUGGCAAAUUCUUUAAAACGUACCCGUUCGCGUAGAAGGAUAGCCGCUCUUUCCUUCCUUACAAAUAUAACUCUAGACGGAAGUUAUCAGGAUACGAAAGUUUAUUCUAAUAAAAAUGGGGCUGUAUUUAAAGCCUCGUUUUUAUGUACAGAAGAAAGUUUACCCGAAGAAGAUACGGCAGUGAUAAACGAAACUUCUUGUUUACUUAAUUCACAAAUAAGUAAUGAGAAGUUUACUCCUGUUGUUGAACGACAACAAUUUAAGAAAUACAGACCUAGUACAAGCGAUUCGGAGUCUGAAAGUAUAAUAACCCCAAUUAAAACUGUCGACGGUGGUUCUUUAAAAAUAAAUAAUAGGUCAGAUAUUUUAGAUCGUGAAGUGAAAAUAAUACCAAAAAUAUUGAAAAAACUUCCGCAUCAAGUAUCAUCGUGUAGUGAAAGUGAUAAAAAACGUGAUAAAGGAAGCAGUUGCGAAAGUUUAGGUUCGGUAAAAAUCCGAAGUAAAACAGUGGAAAAGAAUCUACAUAAAAUCACUUUUCUAAAACCGACUAAAGAUAAUAAAUUUUCGGGCGAAAGAAUCGUUUUAGUAACAACUAAUAAUUCCCCGUUUUUAGUCUGUUCUUACAUCCCAUACAAAAGAAGCUACAGACCGAAUAUAAACAGGGAAGGCCAAAGGAAAAGGACUAUUUCUGGUAAUAGACCGCUAUCUACUAGCGGGGAUGGUUUGGAUCCUUACGAUUCCUUAGGGAUUAAAAGAGCACGGGACGGACAGGAAGAAUCCUAUGGAUAUUUGUUAGAAUCUACCGUGUAUAAAGACGUUAUUUUGAAAAGGAAUACCAUCGACGAUCCGACUGACCAACCACAAGAUCCUCUAAAAAGAAACGCUCGACAUUUUGUUGCAAGACCUAGCUCCCACGGGAUAUUAAACGCAGUUCCUGCGGAAAUAAAAGAAGAUAAUUUUAAAUAUAUGUACCACCCCGAUUUGUUAGAUGAUCCUGAACUUAUUGUCGGUAAACACAGGACUGUUUUGACGUUUACUUCGUACGUUACGUCCGUUAUUGAUUACGUGAAACCUUCGGAUUUGAAAAGGGAGAUAAAUGAGAAGUUCAAGAAUAAAUUCCCUCAUCUAGAUUUGACUUUGAGUAAAUUGAGAAGUAUAAAAAGGGAAAUGCGGAAAAUCGCCAAGCAAGAAUGCAACAUAGACUUACUGACCGUGGCGCAGGCGUACGUCUACUUUGAAAAAUUGAUCCUGCGCGGUUUGAUUCACAAACAAAACAGGAAAUUGUGCGCAGGAGCUAGUUUGAUCCUGUCUGCUAAAUUGAACGAUGUCAAAGGGGACAAUCUAAAAUUAUUGAUUGAAAAAACUGAAACGACUUUCAGAUUGAAUAGAAAGGAGUUGAUGGCUUCGGAAUUUGCGGUUCUGGUUGCUUUAGAAUUCGGAAUGCACUUACCGAAUCACGAGGUUUAUCCUCAUUAUCAGAGGUUAUUGUACGAGUCGUAAACAAAAAGUUUGAUGUUUAAUUGGGGUAAAUUAUCAUUUAGGGUUACUUUGGUUUCUUGAAUUUUUAUUGGUUCGAAAACGAAUUUCACAGAUUUUGAUGGUUUUUAUGGAAGUUUUUCGGUCAAAUAUUCGCACGGAAAAAGUUUCUUCUAAAAUUGUUCACUCUAAAGUGAAAUUAGGAUGUUUUUAACCUAAAUUUCAGCCGAUAAGAAAUUUGGCUUGACAACAUGGCAACAACGCUUCCAUAUCGAAUGUUUACGUAAUACAGUUGCUGGUUUAUCAAUUUUGUUUAUGGUUUUGUUGAUAAAACGUUUAAUUUUAGAUUUAUUUCAACUAUUAUUGUUUUUAUUUUAAUGGAAAUAAUUUUUGGACGUGUCUAUCUAAUUUUUAUAAAGACCGUAACGUCGAAAGCCAUUGUAAUUUAAAUAAAUUCAAAAUCGAGUCGAUAUGUCAACAAAAAAUGGUUUGACAAGUGAAAAUUUAUUUUUUAAUCGAACCAGAGCGAUUUAUUAACCAAUAAGGGCUGAAAAUCUGGCAACGGUGCUUCCAAAAAGAAAGUUUACAUGACAAUUUGAUUCGUUUGUAAUAAAAUCUGACAACAACGCUCUCAGAUGGAAUGUUUACAUGACAGUUUUGCUUAUUUUGACAAACUAAAACGAUUUAUCGAACUAAAUGACAAUUUUAUUCAUUUGCAAAUAAAUCCGGCAACAACGCUUUCAGACGGAAUGUUUACAUGGCAAACGUGCCGUGUUUUCAUCGAACCAGAGUAAAUAAUCUGCCAACAAGCAUUUUUAUACGAAAAAUCUGGCAACAAUGCUUCCACAAAAAAUGUUUACGUGGCAGUUUCGCUUUUUUUAUCAAACUGGAAUGAUUUUUGAGUCAAAAUGACAACAACUCUUCCGUACAAAAUGGUUACAUGACAAAAAUGCUGUUUUAUUUUGUUUUUUCAUCAAUUUAUCCGUUAAUAAGAUAUUUUUAUACGAAAAAUUUGGCAACAGUGCUUCCAAAAAGAACGUUUACAUGACAAUUUUGCUUUUUUUAUCGAUAUAGACCGAUUUAUCCGUCAAUAACAACUUUUUAUUCGGUAAAUCUGGCAACAACGCUUAUUUAUAGAAUGUUUACAUGACAAGUUCGUUUGUUUUUAUUGACACGUACUGAUUUAUCAGUUGAAAUUAAUAUUACCGUAAUAAAUAUGGCAACAACGCUUUCUUACAGUAUCUUUACGGAACAAAUUCGAUUUUAUUAUUAAACCAGAGCGAUUUGACAACAAUGCAGUCGGAUAUAACGUUUCCAUGACAUACCUACAGGGUGAUUCAUACAUAUUAAGUAGUAGACAAAUGAAAUUACUUAUUUAAAUUAUUUUCUAUACUAAUUUGAGUAAAUUAAAAAUAUUUAUAAAGUAUAAAAUAGCCUGGAAAGUUGAGGAAUAGAAUUAUAUGAUUAAUGCCGUUCAAAAUCUGACCAAAUCUUAAAGUUCAGUAUCAUUAAAAAAUCAAGAAACCACUGAUUCAUUUUUUUUUUAACACGUUGACUGCCGAUUUUCACGAAAUGAUUCGUAAAACUUUUUUAAACAAAUUUUGUUGAUAAUUUUUUAUUUAAAUAAAAUUCUGAAAAUUAUCUUGGCAGUUAACGUGUUGAAACAUUUUAUUCAAUUAUUUUUUUUUUAACUAGAACUUAUAGGAAUGUUGAAUUUAGUCAAUAAAUAAAUUAGAUCCUGUAUAAUUAAUGAAUUAUAAAAUCUGACGUUUUAUAGCACGGUCAAAUUUUCAAAUUACGUUGACGUAAAUGGAAUCACUUGACUAUAAAAAAAAUUCAAACCAAAAUGAUGAUUUGAAUAAUCUAAUUACGACAAGAAAUUGAUGGGGGGGUACAAUAACAUUAUUAAAGGGGUGUUUUCAUGACGUAAAAAUAUACGUGAUUUUUUUUUAAUUAUUGACAACGUACGUAAUCAACAUGUACUUAAAUUUUAGCAACUUUUUGAUGUGAUAGUUAACAAAUAAUCCUAGUCAAAAGUUUGAUGCAUCGGGCAAAUUUUACAGGAAAUGUUCUUAAUAUUUAUACUGGUUUUGUUUUCAAAAUAUAUUUUUAAAAAUUAUCAAUUCGUUUUACUAAAAUCCCCCUACCUCGAUACGAAUACGUUUACCACUAAAAAAACUUAUUAUAAAACCGAGUUCACACGAUACGAU